AUCUGUCUGUAGCAUUGUACUGUAUAGGGUGUCAUCUGUCUGUAGCAUUGCACUGUGUAGGGUGUCAUCUGUCUGUAGCAUUGCACUGUGUAGGGUGUCAUGCCAGACAUGGUCAAUGUGACAUUCUGUAAUGGGCUCUGUGCCAGGGGCCUUCCCUUUUUCUUCUUAUCAGAGCAACAACCCUUCAUAGGAACUCACCCUCUAAUCAGACACUAACACAACCAGUCCUCAUUUGCUACCUCACAGCUUUAGCUCGCCUGAUUGGCUGAAUGGUUAGCAGUGGUCCAGUAGGAGUAGAGCCUCUCUGACUGGCAUGUUGUUGUUCUUUCAGUAUUUCAGGGCAGGUAGUACAGUGUUUAUGGUUGACAUGGCUGGGAGGGACAGACUUUCUGUACAGAUUAAAGGUUGAGGACAGGAUGAAGAUUUCUAAUGUAGCAGAUUGUUGAUAACACAGGAUAGUAACACCUGAACACACCUGCAUGCUGCCUGAGGCACUGGGACAAUCUGGAAAUGGUCAGAGAUUAAUCCAGAUUAUAUUGUAAUAAAGACUGACUGUGAUGGACGUGAAAGUCAGUUAUGAAGAGACUUGAUUAUUAAAGUACAUUCAAACAAUAUGAUCAGACUCUUAACAUCAUGAAGCGUCAGCUGUCGUGUCCGAACCUGGAGCCGCUGGGGAUUUACACUGAGUCAUCCUCUAGAAGGUCCUCUUCUUUCCUGACUGACACUAUGAACUACGUGGGUCAGCUAGCAGGCCAGGUGCUGGUGACGGUCAAGGAGUUGUACAAAGGGAUCAACCAGGCCACACUGUCGGGCUGCAUUGAUGUGGUUGUGGUCAAACAGAGAGAUGGGACCUACCAGUGCUCUCCGUUCCAUGUCCGCUUUGGCAAGCUGGGAGUCCUGCGCUCUAAGGAGAAAGUGAUUGACAUCGAGGUGAAUGGAGAGUCAGUGGAGCUGCAUAUGAAGUUGGGAGACAAUGGGGAGGCGUUCUUUGUCCAGGAGACAGAACAACAGAAUGAGAUCGUCCCGGCACACCUUUCUACCUCCCCUCUCCCCACUGAGGUUCACAUGUUUUGGAUCUCAGAGGUCUCUGAACGAGGAGGAGGUUCAGUGGGGGGACCUCCAGACAGACGUGAUGACACAGCUGAGGACCACAAAGAGACGUCAGGGGACCCCAACGCUCAUACUGUCACGCACACACACAGCCCUGGUGUGGUAGCUGUGAAGAAAAAGAAGAGGAGGAGGAGAAAGCAUAAAGGAGACCCGCGAAGGGAGGAGCUGACUCCUCCGACAGGCUCCAGUACUGCAGCUGUCCAGACUCCAUCCGCCCCGCCCUCAGCUCCAGCUGCAGCCGAGGACAUAUUUGAGUUGGAGCUGAGCUCUGACGAGGACACCACCUCAUCACGAUCUCCUUCUAUGAAUGUGAUCCGGGACAUAGAUCCUAAAUUGCCUGCUGCCAGACAUAACCUGGAGAGAUACCCCUACUCUGAUGGAGACUGGUCCCCAUCUGACAGUCAUGGCCACAGUCUGUCUGUGGCCUUUUCUCCUAAGAGUGACAGUGAACUGAUGGCUCAUCCUUCAGAGAGCAUGCUCCGAGCAGAGAGCCACAUGCAGUGGACUUGGGGGGAGUUCCCAGAACCCACCAGGGUGAUGAAGAGGGACAGAGCAGACACACACUACAUCACUCCCACAGAGAACACUCACUUCAGGGUCAUCCUCAGCUCCCAGGCCAUGGGUGACAACAGCGAGACUGGGGAGGAGACAGAGGGAGGGAAUGAGGGAGAAAUGAGGAGGAGGGUGUCAGAGGAGGAGGAUUGUGGACAUGUGUGUCCCAUCGUCAAACCUGAACCACGAAGCCCUCUGUCGUCCGCUCCUGCUCGUCCACCUGUCAACUCUGUUUCCUUAAUUUCUCCGGUCAUUCCUGUGACUUGUGACAGUUGUUUUUCUGUCACCCCGGUCAGUUCUGUAAUAUCAUCUAUGACAUCAGAAAGUCCUGUGACAACGGUCAGCUUCUCUGACAAUGUAACUCUCACCUCGCCCUUGACCACCUCCUCGCCCUUGACCACCUCCUCCCCUCUCACUACUUCUGAGACCCUGGAGGUACAGGGCCUGUCCCCUCCUCUCCUCACCUCCUCUGCUGCUGCUAGUCAAAUGGCUGGAGACAUAGGCCUCACCCCCUCCCAGACCAGCCUCCCUGACUCCCCCACUAAGAAGAAAGGUGUUCCCAAGAGGAACAAGCACCAGGGCCCUGAAGACAUCUACCUGGAUGAUCUCAACGUGCUGGAACCUGACGUGGCUGCUAGAUAUUUCCCCAAGAGUGAAGCAGAGGCCAGCAAAUCUAAGUUGUGGCUGGACUCAGAGCUGCGGUCGGGUUCCUUGUCCGGCUCCCAGUCUCCCCAAUCAGUCGGCAGCGCUGCAGCGGACAGUGGGACAGAGUGUCUCUCUGACUCGACCUCUGACCUGCCUGAUGUCACCCUUUCACUUUGUGGAGGCCUCAGUGACAACGCUGACAUUUCCAAAGAGAAGUUCAUGGAACAUAUGAUAACGUAUAAUGAGUUUGCUGAGAACCCUGCAAUUAUAGAUAACCCGAACUUGGUUGUUCAAAUCAAUAACAGAUACUAUAACUGGACUUUAGCCGCUCCGCUGAUCCUCAGUCUACAAGCUUUCCAGAAGAACUUACCAAAGGCUACAGAAGAGGCUUGGGUAAAAGAGAAGAUGCCAAAGAAGUCUGGUCGCUGGUGGUUCUGGAGGAAGAGAGCUGACAGCUCAGUGAAACAGACCAAGAUGGAAACCAAAGAUCAACUGGAUGAAGGGAGAGACUCUCUGUCUCAGGACAGCAUGGUCUUACCUAAGGAGACAGGGGAGUCAUCCAGUGAUGAAACAGGGGAGGUGAGGACUGCUGCCUUUCAGGAGAGACUCCAGGGAUCAGAGGACCUGUCUCAUCAACCACACCUUCACCCUCACAGCCCCUAUGCCUACAGGAAGUCUCUACGCCUCUCCUCAGAACAGAUAGCCAGUCUGAAGCUAAAGGAGGGGCCUAAUGAUGUAACCUUCAGCAUUACUACCCAGUACCAGGGUACCUGUCGAUGUGAAGGAACCAUCUACCUCUGGAACUGGGACGACAAGGUCAUUAUCUCAGACAUCGAUGGAACCAUCACCAAGUCUGAUGUAUUCGGUCAGAUCUUGCCCCAGCUUGGUAAAGACUGGACCCAUCAGGGCAUAGCUAAGCUGUACCACUCUGUGGCAGAGAAUGGUUAUAAGUUCCUGUACUGCUCAGCAAGAGCUAUCGGCAUGGCUGACAUGACCAGAGGUUACCUGCAGUGGGUCAAUGAUGACGGAACAAUUCUACCUAGAGGUCCCCUGAUGCUGUCGCCCAGCAGUCUCUUCUCUGCCUUCCACAGGGAGGUGAUCGAGAAGAAGCCUGAGAUCUUUAAGAUUGAGUGUCUGACAGACAUCAGGAACCUCUUCCAGCACAACAAGAGACCCUUCCACGCCGCCUUUGGAAACAGAACCAACGAUGCGUUUGCCUAUAAGGAGGUUGGCGUGCCUUUGUGCAGGAUAUUUACUGUGAACCCUAAGGGAGAGCUGAUCCAGGAACAGACAAAAGGAAACAAGUCUUCGUACAGUCGUCUUAGUGAGCUGGUGGAACAUGUGUUCCCUCUGCUCAGUAAGGAACAGACUGAAGCCUUUGUUUGGCCGGAGUACAGCUCUUUCUGCUACUGGAGAACGCCUCUACCUGACAUCAGCCCUGAAGACCUCAACUUGACCUAACCUUUCAGUCCCAACCAUAACCAAACCACGCCCUGACGGACAGACCCAAGACGCGCCCCGAUGGACAGACCCAAGCCGCGCCCUGACGGACAGACCCAAGCCGCGCCCCGAUGGACAGACAUACCUGUUGGUGUGCUACUGGAAAUAAGAGCUUGAUGACAGACUUGGCCAACUAAACUGUCUGUGCAUCACAGUGCACAGGAAUAACUUUUUUGGAGCACAGGAUCGAAUAUAUUCCAGCCACUGAGUGUUUUAAAUGGCUCUGGGUGAUAUUUUAUGAAUGCUGUAGGUCUGUCUGUGGUCUGUGUGUUAAUGUCUAACGUGGGUUGAAAUGGUUACUAGGUAUUUAAUGUUUGUUUUCCAUGCCGUUGUUAUUUCUCCUAAUUAAUAUUCUGUUUCAUUUUUUUAUUUGUUGCACUGCCUUUAUUACCUGGCAACAGCCAUUUGUAGUGAUGUAUUGGAUGGUAUCUAUUACCUGGCAACAGCCAGUUGUAGUGAUGUACUGGAUAGUAUCUAUUGAAGGCAACAGCCAGUUGUAGUGAUGUACUGGAUGGAAUCUAUUGAAAGGCUACAGCCAGUUGUGGUGAUGUACUGGAUGGUAUCUAUUGAAAGGCUACAGCCAGUUGUAGUGAUGUACUGGAUGGUAUCUAUUGAAAGGCUACAGCCAGUUGUGGUGAUGUACUGGAUGGUAUCUAUUGAAAGGCUACAGCCAGUUGUAGUGAUGUACUGGAUGGUAUCUAUUGAAAGGCUACAGCCAGUUGUGGUGAUGUACUGGAUGGUAUCUAUUGAAAGACAACAGCCAGUUGUAGUGAUGUACUGGAUGGUAUCUAUUGAAAGGCUACAGCCAGUUGUGGUGAUGUACUGGAUGGUAUCUAUUGAAAGACAACAGCCAGUUGUAGUGAUGUACUGGAUGGAAUCUAUUAAAAGGCUACAGCCAGUUGUGGUGAUGUACUGGAUGGAAUCUAUUGAAAGGCUACAGCCAGUUGUGGUGAUGUACUGGAUGGUAUCUAUUGAAAGGCAACAGCCAGUUGUGGUGAUGCACUGGAUGGUAUCUAUUGACUGGCUACUGACAGUGAUGCACUGAGCAGCUCCAGUUCUCAUGAAAACACUGUUGGUGAUGGUGUGCUUGAUGUCAUCUGAGUGGGCCUAACUCUGACCUCACUAUCCAAAAAUAUUACAGUACACAGUGUUCUCUACUGUCAAAAGUAGAAAAGCAGCCUAUUUUCUGCCUUCCAUGGGUAUAA